CCAAAUGUAUUGCUGAAAUGUGGGCCCAGAUAGACGAGGAGUGUCCCGAAUAUCAAGGAAAGGCCAAAGACGAAUGGACCAAACCGGGCGGGGUACGAGAGCGAUUCCGAAAAGAAAUACAGAAAGGAAAGAAAACAGUGAAAAGAGGAGCGGCUACCAAAGAAGUGUGGGUCAGCAAGUGGCCACUUCUCAAUGUUUGUAAGUUCCUUCUGUCUCAAUUUGGGCACAGAAGUACCGAAGGAAAUCUCGAGGAGGAUGCGUCUGAAAAUAUCGAGAAAUCGCUAGUAGCGGUAGCACAUGAAAAUGCAGAAGAGGAAGAGGUACAACAAGAAAAAACCGCUACUGAUAAGUCAAAGGAAGAGAAAUCAGAGUCGCUAUUGAAGAAAAGCAUGGGCGAAAAGAAUGAAGCCAAAAACCAGAAACACUAUUUGAAAGAUGAAUAUCUUACCAAAAUAACCAAAAUAUUGAUGGAAGACGAUGAUGAAGAGGAUUUGUUUGGGAAGACAGUGGCGAAAAAACUUAAGAAAUUACCGACAGGGCCCCGAACUCAGGCAAUGAUUGAUGUACUGUCCUGCCUCCAAAAAUAUGAGAAUCCCUACCAGUGUCAUAGCAGUAUCUCGGGAUUACCUUCUUACCAAGCUUCACCCUCCAGUAACAGCAGCAGCAGACAGUCACCCGCUCUGGUUCGGGUAGAGAGAGCAAGUAAGGUUUGAAGUACAAGCUUCUACAAUUCAUGAAGACGUCACCAUGUGAAAAUGCUAAGGUAUACCCAGAAAGUGCUCCACAAGUUAAGACCUUCUCAAAUCAAUUCCAGGACUCUGUUUUGGCAACUUAGAAUAUUUUUUCCAUCGUGUUCUUCACAUAAACGUCUGAAAGAUCCUUUGUGUGAAUCCCUUAAGCAUAUACAUACAGCUUUGACAAACAGAAAAAAUACAGAUAUCAUUAGCAAGUAUCAUUUAAAAUACUCCAAUAGAGACCGUUCACUUUAUCACAAAAUGGAUGUAAGUCUGCUCCUGCCUCCAGCUAGUGUUCGAGGAAUGACUACUUUAGAUCGUGAGGCCUUUGUUAAGACAAUCAGUGUUCCUCUUGUUAGAGUUCAAAAUGAAAAUGUCCAUGAUGCUCUUAAAUUCUUCAAGAAGUUCAUGUUAAAGAUAGAAAAAUUAAAACCAGUUCAAACAGAUGCAGAAAAUCAAGAUAAAAAAGUAGUCUUGCUAAAUCCUCUAUUAGUGAAAAGUGUGGUUGACAUUAAAGAAGAGUUUGAUCGAAUUUCUUCUCAGGGAGAUGCAGAUUUUCUUUCAAAAGAAAUCACUUUAUGUUAUGAGAACUGGAGGGCAGAUGACAUAAUUAAAUCUGUUUUGCCUGAAAAUCAGGAAGGUGUUCAAGCAUACUCUAUGAUUGGACACAUCAUUCAUCUUAACCUUCGAGAGCAUGUACUACCAUACAAGAGACUGAUUGGAGAGGUACUCUUGGAAAAGACACCAAACAUAACCCUUGUUGUGAAUAAAACAAACAUUAUUGAUUCAACUUACAGAAAUUUUGCAAUGGAGGUCCUUGCUGGAACUGGAACAACAGCUGUAACAGUUAGAGAGAAUGGUUGCUCUUUCUCUUUUGACUUUGCUAAAGUCUACUGGAAUCCCAGACUGGCUACAGAACAUGAGAGAAUAGUGAAAAAAAUUAAACAGGGUGAUAUUUUGUAUGACAUCAUGGCUGGUGUAGGGCCAUUUGCUAUUCCUGCAGGAAGGAAACAAUGCAAAGUUUUAGCUAAUGAUUUAAAUCCACAUUCCUACGAAUCUUUAGUUCGUAACUGUUCAAGUAAUAAAGUUAAGGAUCAGGUGAAGUGCUACAACCUUGAUGGUCAUGAAUUCAUCAAGACUAUUUUAAAGAAAAGUGUUUUGGAAACGUGGAACAACUCUUACUUUUGUGGAACAAUACACAUCACAAUGAAUCUUCCAGCAAUGGCGAUAGAGUUCUUGCCAUCAUUCAUUGGCCUCUUCUCAAAAGGUGAUAAUGUACCUGAAAAUGCCCCUCUGCCUUUAAUUCAUGUUUACAUGUUUUCACAAGAUACUAAUAAAGAUACAGCAAUUGGGAUGGUUGCAGAACAGCUAAGGUAUAUCAAAAGAGACAAUGUCAAUGUUUUGAAUAAUGAUUUAACUGACAAUGCAGAAAAUCAGGGUCAGACACAUGAUAGUGAAUUUGGAGGACUUGCAAAGUGUAUUGACGAAGUGGUAUUUGUUCGUUCUGUGUCUCCAAACAAGCACAUGGUGCGAGUGAGUUUCCUUUUGCAGCUCAACAUUUUGAUUAAGGAUUUCAAUAUUUCUCCUGAACCUCCAAAUAAGAAAUUAAAGGCAUAAUAAAUGGCGUUACAAUCCCAUGAUCUGAAGUCUAAAAUUACAUAAUACUAUUCAAGCACUGUGAUAAUACCAUUUUUAAAACAACAAUUCAUCCUUGACAAAUGAAUAUUGGUCUCGGCGUCAGAUGCUUUGAUGAAAUUUAACAUUUUUAGUACUAUUCUUGAACCCAUUUUCUGGGCAUGUCAUUAAUUGUAUUUGAAGUGGUGUGUUUAAGAACACUGAGCUCUGAGCUCUCUUAGGUUGCUUGACACUAAGACAUUAUUACUGGUAUGCAAAAAUACAAAAGCUACAAUGCCUGAAUAUACAGUACAUUACCUACUUGAAAGAAGUUACAUCCCUGCAUAUUUUAAUAACAAUAUAUUAAAAAUAAACAACAGUAAAUUUAGAAAUUUAUAAUUUUAUUGUAACAAUAAAAUGCUUUAAGUAAUGUACAUAACUUUGUAAAAAUAAAA